AUGGCGUGGGACGACAAACCCGCCACCGAGAUAUCCUACCCGCCCUACUCGCCUUCCCCCUCCGAGAUCGAGGCACACCGCACCAAGAACGCACGCAUCGAGGCGUGGACCAAAGCCCUCCCCGAGCCGCACCCCGGAAGCGGAGCGUCUGUCGGCGCACACUCGGCACAGUGGAGUGACCGCGCACCGUCCAACGCUUCUGGCCCGAGCGCAUCGCGUGACCCACGAUACGCACACCCGUUCGCUGCUGCCGGCCCCGGUGUGCGUCCCCCUCUUCCUCACCCUCCACAGCUCGAGAUUCACCGUCGACCACCACGCGGCACACCCGUUGCGCCGCUUCUCGCCCAGAGCCCGUUGCACGACUACGCUGCAGACUAUGAGCUUCCUCGUGCCGACCACUUGGUCAACCCCGUCCAUGGAGGUCCGACUGGUGGGCCCGGUACAAUGCGCUCCCGCCGCGAGGCGUACUUUGCCGCUGCGCUUGACCUUCCCCUCGACAUGAUCACGGAGGCGUUGCCGAACAAUCUCGAGCGAGAGCUGCACAUGUACCAACACCCUCAGCAGUGGGAGGCGCCGCAACAGCAGCUGCACCCCAGCGACGAGAAGCGCGGCGGGUUCCGCUCCCUCCUUGGCCGGUCCAAGAGCCAGGUCAGCCUGAAGCACUCGGGUCCUCCAUCUGCCUCAUCCAGCGAACGCUCAGCCCGCGGCAUCAGCCUCGAUCCGGCCGCCGCUGCAGGAACGGCCGGCACACUCUCCAAGAUGCGCUCGAUGGACGCCAAGCUCCUCCAGCGUGCGUCCAUGUCUGGCUCGAUGAAUCCCGUGACUGGGAACGGAGGUCAAGGAAUGCAAGAAGGCGCGUGGAGAAACACCCAUGGGCCGGUUCCGGCGCCGGGGCCGGGUCCAAGUGGACCCAACAAUCCGCCCAGCAUGGCCAGGAAUGGCAGCCUCGCGCGCAGCAAGUCGCAGAUCCACACGGCCCACGCCGGUCCCUCCGCUCCACCUGUCUCUUUCCGCAAUGAUCCUGCUCCUGCUGAGAAUGGCGAGCCCGUCGUUCAGCUCACACGCCGUACGUCUUCGCGUGGUGCUCUCGGGCAGAAACCUGUGCGCGGCCAGUCACGCACAUCUUCCCCGCACCACCCGGACGCCACCCAGCAGACGCCAGCGGCUGCGCCUGCCGCACCCGUUGCCACUCCCGGCGUGCUCACGAACAACAACGGACCGCGGGCAAACGGCAAUGCAAUUGGUGCUGUUGAAACGAGGACUUCGGAUCAUAAAAAGGAGAAUGCGCCCGUGAAAGAAACACACACCCGGGAGGCUCGUGCACCCGUCCUACCGAGCAAGGCUGGCCCCGUCAAGCCUUUAGAGGCUCAAACGAGGACCGCGUCCAAAGCGCCACCCGCGCUGCCAACCGUGGUCGUCACGACGCCACCAGAUGAAGGAAGCAAGCGAGUCAAGGCUUCUGUCACAAAGGGGUCGAAGGCAAACACGCCGGCUGGUCUGCCAAAACGCACCUCGAGUAUAUCACGCGCUCAGAAGCCAUCUCGCUCCACAUCCUCGCCUGCUCUUGCUUCAGCUUCAUUACCUUCUGCGCCCGCGCCUGCUACACAUCCGGCACCUCCCGCGCCCCAGUCCAAGUCCCAGCCUCCUUCUCCUUCCCGAGCCUCUGCGCACAGCCCAGGUCCGGCUCAGAAGAAGUCGGUGCCUGCCCCGACUAAGGAGAACAAGCGCUCCGAGCCGGCCGGUGAAGCGUCCAAGCGGCAGCCGAAGAGUAGAGUGUUCUCGUGGCUGCCGUCACGGAAGGCGGUGGAAGGCAAGGAGAACAAGACGAAGGCGCCGGCGUCAAAUUCAUCACGACGCAAGGAUGAUCUGGGACAGUCACAGCCAGCAGUGGUGGCCGCAGGAGGUGCAGCAGCCGGUCAAUCCGCGCAACGAUCCGCCGCUCAACCAGUACUGCAUGGUCAGUCUAAGCAACCUUCCAAUCUGUCUCACCACCAGCCGCCCGCGCCGGCACCCGAAACGCACGUCCACCAUGCUGAAACGAUGAUGCAGCCUCCGCUCGCCUCCGAGUCCGAGCAGAGGUUUUACACGCCUCCUCUGAAUUUGCCUGAGCAGACGCGAGUUCAACAGCAGAACGUUGGCGUCCCACCAUCUGGCUACGAGUGGAUUCCACAACAGCAGCCUCCGAUGGCGACUGGUCAGCUCCCGCCUGGAGCGAUGCCAAUGGCGCCGGCGCCGGCGCCGCAGCCAGCCCAGUACGGCGUUCAGCAAGGCUACCCGCCCCAGCCGGACCCAUAUGCUUACGCAGGUCAACCGCUUCCCGAGAUCCCGGCGCACCCGGCGCAUCCUCCGAUGACGAUGCGGCCGCCAACGGCUCCGGCGUACCCUGCGAUCCCCCAGGCGACUGGCACCGUGCCACCUCCGACUGAGGCAGCGAGGCGGUGGCUCCCGCCCAUGUUCAACGGACCGAGCGCGGAGAGAGGGGAUGAGAGGCAAAAGCGUAUGUCCACACAUGAAGACAACACCAACCUCAAGAAGCAGGUUUCUUCCACUGGCACGGCCACCGAGGACGGCACCAUGUACCGAACGGACCCCACCAGCGUCGUUUCGAUGUCUUUAGUGAGCGGCAAUAUCUCCCAUUCAGCUUCUUUGGCGGACGGCAUGAAGCUCAAUACGCUGGACAUGAGCAAGGUCCAGGAGCGCCUGGCCACGGGCACGACGACCGCGAGCGCCGCGAGCCCGAUCAGCCCCCUCGACCCGCAGGGUAUAUCGACCCCGGCGAAGGACGGCCCCGUCACGCCGCCCCGGAGCGCUACGCAGAUCACACUUGGGUCGGGUUUCACCCCUUUGAGAGUUUCGGAUCUGUUCGGCGGCGCCGGGAGCGAGAGCGACGGAAUGCCGAUGAUGCGGAGCGUGAGCGGGAACAGCGCGAGUGGGAAGAUCGCCGACAGCAACGCCGCGCCGAACGGCGAGAAAGGCGGGAGCGACGGCGCGAGCUCCGCCGCGCCGAGCGACGACACGCGAAAGAACGCCUGCGCGCCUGGCACGCCGAGCAAAGACGCGAGCUCGCCGAGCUCCUCGAGCGCGACUGGCGAGACCGGGGCAGCCGCGCUGACACCGAGCAAGUUCGAUCUGCGCGGCAAGAGCUGGAGCGAGACGGAGCGGUCGUGCCACGAGUCGACGCCGAGCGUGUCCGAGCCGAUCGCGAUCGAGGCCAAAGCUGCCGCAGCUGCCCCCGCGCCCGCCCCCUCCGCCGCCGAAGGACGAGGUCGACGUCCCGGACAUCGGGCCGGACUGGCUCGAGCUGGGUCCGGAGUACGGCCUCGAGGGCCAGGUGUACUUACACCACUGCGGGAGUCUGAGGGUGUUAGAGCGCGUCGUCGAGGAGGACGAGGAGGCCCCGGUGCCGAAACCGAAACCGGUCGCGCCCAAGGUCGUCUGGCAAGCAGACCCGACAGCCCCGCCCCCGCCGCAGAGAACGGGACGACCAAGACGUGGCAGCGGUUCCGCGCAGCCAUCGCCACGGUCUGGGGAGAGGGCUAUGCCCAGGGUCUCGCCGACGCAAGUCAGGUCAAUGGGGCCGGACCACCCCUUCGACAGGCUUCCCGACAUGGACGAGAUGAUGGCGGGCGCAGGCCCGUCUCCAGCCGGGGCAGUGGCGGCGGAAGUCGGACCGCUCGGGGCACUCGGGCUGUCUCUCGGCCCGGCGAUUACCCUCAACACGAACGACACGAGCGGCACGAGCGGAAGCACCGCCUUUUCGGGGAGCGCAGAGGCAGAAAUGACGACUGGCGAGGCACACAGCACACCGUCUCCAGCGCGCCGUCCGCCUCAAGUCAUCGUGAUCGGCGCAGAGACAGAGGGUGGAGAGUCUGGCGCGAGGACGGGUCAGAACAUACCCAGGUCGACGUAAUUUGUCCGCAUCGCUGGUGUAAGGGGUGGAGGGCUGUCGGCGGGCGGUGCAGACACUAG